AUGUCCGUGGCUCCUUUGCCUUCUCAAUAUUGUCAAUCCGAGCAAUCUAGUGAAGGACCCAGUCAUGGGGGGAUAGCUAGAUCGGAAAAACCGAAGCCGUCAGCAACGGGAAAAACUGGUAUAAAGCGGAAGCUUGAUGUCAAAACUAUUGAGGUGAAAUACAACGCUAUCAUGGAGGUCGAAAAGGGUCAGAAGUCCAAGGCUCAGAUAGCCCGAGAUUUGAAGAUCAACAGCAGCACGCUGGCUACAUGGGUGAAAAACGCCGCAAACAUCAAAGAAGGGUAUCUUACCUACAGUCCGAAACGGAAAACCAUGAAAACGGGAAAAUGGGACGAAUUAGAGUCGGCGCUUCUACAAUGGUUUAAAUUUGCAAGGGACAAAGAAGCAGUACUGUCAGGUCCAACUCUGAUUGCGAAAGCUGAACAAUAUGCUCAGAGCCUGCAGAUUGAAGACUUCCAUGGUACCACGGGAUGGCUCCAUCGAUUCAAAGAACGUAAUGGGAUCGUUUUUCGAUCAAUCAAUGGGGAAAGUAGGAGCGUAAAUGACGUUUCGGACGACAUGGAGGCAUGGAAGAAGACACGUACUGACCUUCUACAGAGGUUCAACGCUGAAGAUGUCUACAAUGCCGACGAAACUGGGUUAUUUUUCAAAAUGUUACCCGAGAAGACGUUAGACUUCAAAGGGGUCGACUGUAAUGGCGGGAAACGAAGCAAAGAACGGUUGACUGUAAUGGUAUGCACCAAUAUGUCCGGCACCGACAAACUGCCAUUGUUUAUAAUCGGUAAAUCUGCGAAACCCAGAUGCUUCAAGAACGUCAAAACCUUGCAGACGCAAUAUACAAACAACAAAAAAGCCUGGAUGACGGGGCAGAUCUUUGAAGACUGGCUCAGGAAAAUUGACCGUGAAAUGAAACGCCGCGGCAGACGUAUCACAAUGGUUGUAGACAACGCACCUUGUCACCCGAAACUAGAGAACCUCAGUAAUAUUGAGCUGAUAUUUCUACCACCAAAUACCACCAGUAAAACACAACCGAUGGACCAGGGAGUAAUCCAGAAUCUCAAAGUCCAUUACAGAAAAAGAGUCGUACUCCGCCAGCUUUCAGCCAUUGACAACGACCAUGACUUCACGUUGUCAGUACUAGAUGCACUCCGUCUUCUUCAGCAGUUAUGGGAGUGCGUUACACCAACAACAAUAACAAACUGCUAUCGUCAUGCAGGGUUCAUGUUACAGAUCAUCGAUGAGCAGGGAGAUGACGACGACACCGAUGAACUUGACGAUAUACCACUUGCUAGACUUGCCAGUAUGGGUACAUCAUCCGAAUUGCUUGGUUCGUUUUUGGAUUUUGACGACAACGACGCAACAACAUCAGCCUCUGCUACAGACCCUGAAAUCAUCAGUCAGGUGAUCGAUUCAAGAAAAGAGAUCUACGAAGAUAACAUGGCCGACGACGAUGACGAGGAUGACGAUUUCCAGCCGCCCCCGCUUCCCACCGCUGAUGAAGCCAUGGCUGCGCUAACAACCGUUCGAGAAUUCCUCGAGUCUAUGGAAGACACACACAAGGAAUCCAAGUUGCUUUGUACCAUUUCACGAACAAUUCUUAGGGGGAAAAUGACUGAAGUGAAUAAACUCAAACAAACGUCAAUUAAGAUGUUUACCAGAGAUAUUAAUCAGUAA